UAUUCUUACAGCGGCUCGUGCCGAAGAGUUUUGGGCGGAAGAGGCUGCCGUUGAGGGGGCGUGGUGACGUAGCCGCAAUAUGGAAGACACAGUUCACGUGCCGGCAGCUGCAGAUCCUCUUCCUAGACCUACGAUGGCUCAACCGGGGACUCUCAAUCUAAAUAACGAGGUCGUGAAGAUGAGAAAAGAAGUGAAGAGAAUCCGAGUUUUGGUUAUCCGAAAACUUGUCAGGAGUGUUGGCAGACUGAAGUCAAAAAAGGGUACCGAAGAUGCACUGUUAAAAAACCAAAGACGGGCCCAACGAUUGCUUGAAGAAAUUCAUGCCAUGAAGGAAUUGAAACCUGAUGUAAUAACUAAAUCUGCUCUUGGUGAUGAUAUCAAUUUUGAAAAAAUCUGCAAAAAGCCUGAUUCAACUGCAAAUGAAAGAGCAGUUGCCAGAUUAGCAAUGCACCCACUUCUGAAGAAAAAAAUAGAUGUGCUAAAAGCUGCUGUCAAAGCCUUUAAAGAUGCAAGACAAAAUGAUUCUAAAGUUAAAUCAUCAGAGAAGGCUUCAGAAGAAAAUCAUUCCAAGGACACUUCAUAUUCAAAUGAUGAUCCCAUUAAAUUACAUCAUGAAGGAAGUAUUAUCAAUAAGCAAAAAGACAAAGAAGCCAAAAUAUUGUCAAAGAAACCAAUAAGUAAUUCAAAAGAAAAAAUAGCAAAGCUGGAACAUGGACCCAAAGCAGUAAAUAUUCCAAAUUCUCUAUCAAAGCCUUCUGAAAAGAAUUCUGUAGUUCUCUCUGAACCCCAGAAGACACCUGCUGAUCCAAAAAUGAAAACAUUACGUCAAACCAAAAAAGAGAAAGAGUCUGAUAGCUCACUUGAUAGUAAUAGUGAUGGAGAAGAAUUACACGAAGAAGAGAAGGAGUAUUUUGAUGAUAGCACAGAAGAAAGGUUUUAUAAACAGUCUUCCAUGUCUGAAGAUAGUGAUAGUGGUGAUGAUUUCUUCAUUGGAAAAGUCAGACGGACACGAAAGAAGGAAAAUAGUUACCAUUCCUCAGUUUUAGAACAAAAAUCCUCCCAAAAAAUGUUUCCUGAAGAAGGUAUACUUGAAACGCAUCAGGGCAUAAGAAAUGACAAGAACAAGUCAAGUACAGAAGCAAGGAAGUUUGAAUCAGUGUUUUUCCAUUCUUUAUCUGGAUCUAAAAGCUCUAGAAGAAAUUACAAAGAACAGGCUCCGAAAAGCAACACCACAGGUUUUCAGCAGAAUGAACCUCAGCUCAAGAAUCAAUUUAUCAAGAGUUCACAAAAAGGACCUGAAAAUGCAAAACAGCAGUCACUGCUUCCUCUUCAUCCUUCAUGGGAAGCAAGCAGGAGGCGAAAAGAACAGCAAUCUAAAAUUGCUGUGUUUCAGGGGAAAAAAAUUACAUUUGAUGAUUGAUUAAUACCUCUUUUUAUGAACUUUUCCAUUUAAAAGUGCUUUUUUUUUUUUUAAACCAACUUAUUAUUUAAACUUAUAUUUGAAUAAAUCUAUUUGGAGGAGGUAUAGAAAUAAUGUUGGCUUUAUUUCUCUUUUUUAAGUAUGUUCAAGUUAUAUAAGCCUUCCACAAGUCAAUUACAUACUUAAACUGAUUUUUAAAAAUAGGCUGACUAUUCUCUUUAUAAAAGAAUUUUAAGAUUAUAACUCAGAUUUUUUCAUUUGUGUUUAUCAUGAAGUACAUUUCACUGGUUUAGGUCUAUGUUUCUUUGCCUUGAAAAUAAAUGUCAAAAUAUAUUUAAAAUAAUGGAAAAUAUGAGGAAAUUGUAGCUAUUUAAAAUAGGUCAACUUUGUUAAAAGUUAUUCUUGUUAGCAAAACUAAGAUUAAAAUAGUAAUGUUUCUUAUGGGUAUACAAGAAAAUAAAUUAUACAAAUCAGUAUUAAUUUUUAUUAUAGUUUUAAUUAUUUGUGAUCAUACACUUUUUGACUGGUUUAGUUUUCCAGGACAGUUUUGGAUUUCUCAAUUAUGUUUCAGUUAUUUAGGCAACAUGCAUGUUUAAAUGUAUCAACAGAAACAAAAAUUGGUUUUAUAUUUCACUUCAUGUAAAUAUUUCUAUUAAAUUAAGAAUGUGUAACAUCCAAUUA